AAGAUAAGCACCAGGUUUCCGAAGCCGACGCAGCCUCCAAUCCCACCCCGUCAAUAUCCAUCCGACCCGGCCUCUCCUCGGUCGCUUUCUCUAACGGGAUCCGCCAACAUUAUAAAUUCAGCGCCCGAGCGCCUCCCCGUCCCACGACUGAAUCUUGUUCGCGAACUACAGCCCAAGAAAGAAAAGAAGGCCACCAUAUAUACGGCUCACGGGAGUUGAUCAGCGGCCUUCUUUUCCUGCGGCUCGCUUGGUUCUCGGUUGAUCGUAGGAGUUUCGGGUUCUGUUCGAUCGUCGGCGUCGGGAUCAUGGUGGCGGCGGUGGAUGCGGUGGCGGAGAAGGUGGUAGCGCAGCUCCGGGAGGAGUGCGCGACCCCGGCGACGCGGCUGGAUGGCGUGGCGACGGCCAUGGAGGAGGAGAUGAGGGCUGGGCUGCACCAGGAGGGCGGCAACAAGAUCAAGAUGAUCAUCUCCUACGUCGACAACCUCCCCAACGGGAGUGAAGAAGGCUUGUUCUACGCACUGGACCUUGGAGGAACAAACUUCCGCGUGCUUCGUGUGCAGCUCGCUGGCAAGGACAAGCGCGUCGUCAAGCGUGAAUCCAGGGAGGUCUCUAUUCCUCCUCACCUCAUGUCAGGCAGCUCUGCGGAGUUGUUUGGCUUCAUCGCGUCUGCGCUAGCCAAGUUUGUUGCAGAUGAAGGAGAUAACAAAGUGUUGGACGGCAAGCAGAGGGAGCUGGGCUUCACGUUCUCUUUCCCCGUGAGGCAGUCGUCCAUCGCAUCGGGCACCCUGAUCAAGUGGACAAAGGCGUUUGCCAUCGAUGACGCGGUCGGCGAAGAUGUAGUCGCGGAAUUGCAGACGGCCAUGGAGAAGCAAGGUAUCGACAUGCGUGUGUCUGCGUUGAUAAACGACACCGUAGGGACACUGGCUACGGGCAGCUAUAACGAUGAAGAUGUUGUCAUCGGUGUGAUAUUAGGUACCGGCUCAAAUGCCGCAUAUCUAGAAAAGGCAGAUGCCAUACCCAAGUUGGAAGGAGAGUUACCAAAAUCAGGAAAUAUGGUUAUAAAUACCGAAUGGGGCAACUUCUCUUCUUCAUGCCUUCCGAUCACAGAAUAUGAUCAAGCAUUAGACAAGGAGAGCCUAAAUCCUAGAGAGCAGAUCUUCGAAAAGUUAAUAUCCGGAAUGUAUCUUGGCGACAUCGUGAGGCGGGUGCUUCUUAAAAUCGCCUCGCGGUCUUUGAUUUUUGGUCACAUUAAACGCACCAACCUCAAAACUCGCUUCAUUCUGAGGACUCCUGAUAUUUCCGCAAUGCACCAUGAUGAAACCCCUGAUCUGAGGAUUGUAGCUGAAAAACUGGCAGAAACCCUGAAGAUCAAAGACACGUCCUUGGAGACUCGGAAGAUGGUCGUCGAUAUCUGCGACAUUGUGACCAGCAGGUCUGCCCGGCUGGCCGCUGCCGGGAUUGUGGGGAUAAUCAGGAAGAUUGGUAGGGGCACCCCAGGCGACAAGAGGAGGACAGUCAUCGCGAUCGACGGCGGGCUGUUUGAGCAUUACACCAAGUUCCGGCAGUGCCUGGAGAGCACGCUGGUGGAGCUGCUUGGCGAGGAGGCGUCGGAGUUGGUGGCGGUGAAGCUCACAAAGGACGGUUCGGGCGUCGGAGCUGCCCUGAUUGCUGCUGCUCACUCUCAGUACCUCAACUGAUCAAGUUACGAGCUUUUCUCAGACAGUGGCUGUUGUUAUUUGACUGUAGUGUUCUUUGUACAUUUCAAAGAAGCCUUAUGUGCCCCUGUCAAACUAAUUUCUUAUCAAAAUACAUACGUUUGCUGUUGCAA